CAGGUGUAGUAAUCGAGGUCCCGUGUGCAUACUUAUUGUAGUUCGAUCGCCUUAGAGUCUCUCUGUCCUGAAGAGUUUUAAAAAAGUUAGAGAAGGUGAAACGUCGACGAGAGAUAACCAGCUGGUCUUCCGGGGGAGAGGUUUAAAAGGAAGAUGUCCUCCAGCAACAGGACGAGAAGUGUCAUGAGGUUCCUGCUAAUCUGCAUAGCCUUGUGGAGAUCCACUUGUCAGGACAUAGCACCAAGGUGCAGCACAACAGCAGUGCCGGCAGGCCUGUGCGUCCCAGUCAGAGAUUGUCCUUCUCUCCUUGACGUGAGCGAAGUUCUCAGUAUCAACGAUUUCCUCAGACAGUAUGGGGGAUGCGGACGAGGAAGCAACGGUGACGUGCUACUGUGCUGCUCUAGACCUAGAGUAGAGGCAGCGAUUAGUCCUGUUCCAGCGAAUGUUCCUCCAGCAAACGUCUUUCCAGACGCGGCUAUCGUCUCCAAGCCAGCGAACGACUUGUCCUGCGGGCGAAGGGUCGUGGGCAGAGGACCAGAAUGGCCAUUUUUAGCAGCGGUCGGUCGCACGUUGCGAGGUGAAUUCAAUAUGCAUUGCCAGGGAGCCUACAUCUCUGAUCGUUGGGUGUUGGUUGAAGGCCUGUGCGUUUAUGAGCAUCCUGUAUUUGAAGUGAUUCCCGGAAGCAUUUGGACCCAGGGUCAACAGUCUAGGAAAAAUCGGAUCAUGAGGACGCUGGUUUCGGAGGUGACGGAUGACGGGCAAUUCAGCAAAGGCGUGGCUCUGUUAGAGCUGGAAAAACCAGUGAUUUUUGACAACUACGUCCAAAGUAUCUGCUUGCCAGAUGAACGGUCGACUGAGACCCCUUCACUUCUAACUGCUCUCGUCCUUCACGAAAACAUACAUUCCUCUGCGCUGGCGAGAAGAGAGGUCUUACUGAAAUCUGUCAGGGGAAUUCCAGGAACCAGCAAGACUUGUGACUCUUCAGUUGAUGUUCCUUCAAGUUACAAGGCGAGGAACCCCGUCGAUAUCUGCGCUACGAACCACGAAUUUUGUAACAAUAGAAUUGGACCCAUGUUAGUCGAAGAAGAUGCAAAUUCAGAACGCUAUCGUCUGAUAGGUGUUGGGGGAACAACUCGUGAUUCUUGCUUCAUCAAGAUCCAUGUUUUCAGCUCUGUCGUCAGUCACCUGCGGUGGAUUAGGAGUCAGAUAAGUUCAUCUGGGAGCUUAGCACAACCUCUAUCAUUGGUGGACACCCGGUUCCUAGAUGAAGGUCAGCAGUGUGGACAGAGAGCCAUUGGAGAGGGUCCUGAGUUUCCUUUCAUGGUGGCCAUUGGAAAAGAAGAGAACAACAAUUUUGAAAUCACUUGCGGCGGAGUUAUCAUAUCUAAUUUGUGGGUCUUGACAGAGGCUGCAUGUGUCGUGGAUAAUUUCAUAACUUACAUCAAAAUAGCAGUCAACACCGACCAAGAACGAGCACGGGAAGUGGUUCUCAGGAAAAGACACGAUUCCUUCGACCCAGUGACAAGGAAAUUCAACGUAGCUUUGCUGAAGUUAAAGGAGCCACUUAUCUUUAAUGAUUAUGUUCAGCCAGCGUGCUUGCCUUCUUCAGAGGAUGUAGGACAACAAACUAUGUUUGCAGCCAAUAUUUCUCCGACCACUGUUUCGGGCGUGACCAGUCUUCAGCAAAGGUUCACAUUGGUGCAUCGCGUGAGCAGAGGACCAUGUGAAGCUUCUGGCUAUCUUUCCCAUCCGUUCAACUCGGAUACCAUCUGCGCCAGCAAGUCAGAAGCGUGUAAUUACAGCACGAGGUUGAUGCUACUUCAGAAGGAACCGACCUCCUCGAACUUAGUCGUUCAAGGAAUUGGGGGCACCAGCGAUUACCCUUGUUUCGACCUGGUUCAAGGUUACACUCAGGUCUUCCCUCAUAGGCAGUGGAUACUGGAUCACAUUCAAGGACAAGCGUGA